ACAAAUGGCUGUCGUCGGGGGAAGGGGAACCCCGCCAGCUCCCCCGUCGCAUCUCAUCCGCCCGCCACUCCCCCCUGGGCCUGCGCUUAUCCCCGGCGGGCCUCAGGGGCAGGUGCUUAUCCGCCACCCCCAACCGCCUCCCCCGACGAUGUUGCUCCCCGUGGGCGCGGGGAGCAUCGAGGCGAAAUUCGCGGCGCAGCACGGGGAAAUUCAACAGCUUCUGACGGAGAAUCAACGGCUGGCGGCGACGCACGUGGCACUUCGUCAGGAGCUGGCGGCGGCGCAGGGUGAGAUCCAACGGACGAAAGCGACGCUCGCGGCGGUGCAGAUGGAGAAGGAUCAGGCGGUGCGGGGAAUCAUGGAGCAUAAGGCCAAGCUCGAGGCAGACCUAAGAGCUGUCGAGCCUCUGCGCGGGGAGCUGCAUCGUGCGCGCAUGGAGCUGCAGGCGCUGCAGGCGCGGGGGGGGGAGGCGGAGGCGGGGCGCGCGGAGAUGCAGCGGCAGAUGAGCGCGAUGGGCGGCGACAUGCAGCGCAUGCGGAGCGACCUGGAGGGCAUGCGGCAGGAACUGAUGCAGGCCAGGGACGCGGCGGAGAGAGAGAGGCGGGCGGCUAUGGAGGCGGUAGAGCAGCGUGAGAAGGCGGAGAGGACCCUCGAGGCUACUGCACGAGAGGUGGACAGGCUGCGGGGUGUGGUGGGGCAGCAGCAACAACAGCACCAGCAGCAGCACGUGACGCCCCUGGCGGUGUAUGGGCUACCGGAGGACUACAGCGAGCGCCAGCUGGUGGAGCUGUUCCGCACGUACGGCACCGUGGUGGCCGUGCAGGUGGCUCGCGAGGGCACCAGAGGGCUGGGCUACGGCUAUGUCCACCUGGACUCGCCCACAUCAGCGGACAUUGCCACGUCAGCGUUGAACGAGCAUCAACUGGGCAACCGGCGGUUGAGAGUAGAGCGAUACACCGCCCCUGCCUCCGCUGCACAGCCCAAACCAGUCCAAGCCAGCCCGGCUCCUCUCGCCACUGCUGCCGCUGGUGGUAGUGCUUCUGCUUCCCCUGCUCCUGCUCCUGCUGCUGCUGCUGCUGCUGCUGCUGCCGGCGCUGCUGCUGCUGCUGGUAAUGCAGGUUCGAGAGAAACCAGUAGGAAUGAAGGAGAUGGGGGCGACAGCGGUGAGGACAGCGAUGGUAAGGAGAGGGGAUGCGAGGAUGCGGCGUGCGGCGCCGGGAGAGGCGGUGGGGAGGUCGAGCCUGCGACGCGCUCGCUGCCGCACAUGGAUUCGAUACGAGAGGACGGCGACGACGAGGAUUUGAUACUAGCGAACGAGCUGGAGGAGAUCGAUAAGGAGGUCGUGCAAGAGGUGUUCAAUCGGGUCAGCCUGCUGCGCUCACAGGUGCAGCACUACCGCGCUUUGGGCGGGUUCGUGCUGCUGAUGGCGCUGUUCGUGGCAAUGGUUUAUCUGCAGGCCGACUCCUCCCGCACCUUCCAAGUCACCUCCGCCCACUCCGUCCUCAUCCCCUCCAACUUUGCACCGGAUUCGUCCAAUCGGUUUGCAGGAGCCGCGGGCUUCUACGCGUGGCUGAACGGCAGCAUCAUCGAGCACUUCUGGCAGGACCCGCCCUGCGGGGAUGGCCUCUGCGACCAGCCACUAGAGUUCCCCGCAUUCGGCCGCUUCGGCUGUGAGGCGGACUGCGGCACGUUCCCCAACCUCACCUCCGUCUCAAUCCAUUUCACGACGUCAUUUUCAUCAAAUGAGGCCCUGGCGUUGUCCUCAUGGAACCUGUGCAUGCACAGCCCCAUCUCGCUCUGCUGGCACGCCCUCCCCCAGCCCUUCCCCGCGCUGCACGCCCAGUUCUCCCUCGCCCUCGACAUUCCCGACGGCCAAUGGGCGCUGCUCAUCACCGCGCCCAUGGGGGGCGUGCAAGGCGUGCUGCAGGCGCAGAAGCCGGGGAUGGGGCAUCUGAGUGGGGACGUGACGAUGGGGUCGAGUAACAGCGUUACGCUGGCUAGCUGGGGCGGGUGCUUGGGAGGGGAGGGAUUGUCCGCGAGAGAUUUGAAUGCCACGCUGCUUCAAGACGGAGGCGAUGUGUGCCGGCAGGCCUGUGAGUCCGUGGCAGUGUGUCUGAACGCUGCUUGUGGGCGGGAGGUGGCAGCAAGGGAGGUGGCGGGCGCGUUUGUGGAUUGCGUCAAGAUCUGCCGAGCCUCGCCGUCCACCAUCCUGCCAUACGCCACCAUGUCGUGUCUUCAGAUCGUCGCUGUCAAACCGUCCCUUUUCCCCAAUUCUCUCUGCACUGCAAGGGAUCGCCGGCAAACGCAGGAGACAGUCACACCAGCAUUGUCUGGGCAGGGAAUGGCUGCUGCAUCUGCUGCGAGUUCUGCAGCUGCUGCGGGGGAGUUUGAGGGUGUGCUGCCGAGCAGGGUGGUGGCGGAUAGGGCUGCGGCAGCAGCGAAUGCCGUGGGGGCGAGUGGAGGAAAUUGGAGCAGCAGAAGCACUAGCAAUGCAGCAGUGGCAGGCACCAACGCCAGUGGCAAUGACACUAGUGCUGCCAUUGCCGAUUCCAGCUUCUUUCCCCCACCCGUGCUCCCUCCGGCUGCUGACAUGCAGCUGCCACAUCUAUCAGAGGCGCCAAGGGCGUGGGAGCUGCUGGGGUCCACAGAGAAGCAGCGCCUGAGAGCGCUGCAGGUGGCGGUAUCCCGAGCCAUCUACACCAUGGUCAAGGACAGCUGCCUCGCCGGCCCCUACAUGCUCGGCCUCUCCGUGCGCUACCGCCUGCGCCUCACCGCCUUCCUCUGCACGCUGCUGGGCGGGCCUGUGCUGGACCAGCCGCUGUGCCGGUUUGCGGAUUUGAGGGGGCACCAGCUGCUGCGCGCCCAGGAGCUGUUUGACCACCUGAAAUACGUGCACCGCGGCAUCAACAACAAGGCAGUGUCAUCACAGCAGCUGAGGCGCUUCAUAGACAUUCUCAUCGCCGCCCUGCAGUCCGUCACCUCCAUGCCCCCCCAAGCCGCUGUCGACCUCUCCUCCUUCUUCCACCGCUUUGAAGAUGCCAUCGUCAGCACCGACAUUGCUGGCUGCUCCCAAGGAGGCACGUGGCUGCAGUGGCGGGCGGGUGUGAAGCACAACACGACCAUCCAUGUGGGUGACAAGGUCACCUGGGUGUGGGAUGACGACCUCCCACACUCCCUCAGAAUCGCGGGAAUGGGCGACGCACCCACGCCCUUCUUCCCGGGCUUUGGCGGGCACCGCUUGGCAGUGUCGCGCCUCUUUGCCUGCUCGCCCAUGACCGCCGGGGAGGACGACGACUACGACGACCCCGUGCCCUGUGUUCUAAAGCUCCCAGGGGACGUCAACGCCAGCUUCACAUACACCAAGGUCUUCACGCUCCCAGGCACGUACCGCUAUGAGAGCGGCGGGCAGGACGCAGGCGAAGCAGCAUCGUCCGCUUCCUCCACCGCGGGUGGUCUCCUGCCGCCCGCCAUGUCUGGCAUGGUCACUGUGCUCGUGCCACCGCCCGAGGUACCAGACCUGGCGUUCCAGUGCUCUCCGGGGUGCUCCAUGCACAUGCUGGCGGACGGGGUGUGCAACCCCCCCUGCAACACGCCCGCCUGCACCUUUGACGGCGGCGACUGCGGCUGCAUUGACUCCGUGCUCGGCCCUGGCUUCUGCGCCUGCCCCCCCGGCCACGCGCGGCGCCACGACGGAGCGUGCUGCAUGUCGUCUGCAGUGGGGCGAGAUCUGCACUUCCCCUUCUCACUGCAGCGUUACGGCCCCAACUACACGGAGAGCAACCGCGCCUUUGCUGCUGAGAGGAAUGCGCCUCUUUCACGCUUUGUGGGCCAACACAACAGGCUACUCAUCGGCAUUUUCCUCUACCAGGAGCGCUGGGGCGUGAAGACAUGCAACCCAGCCAACCUGCUGCACCUGGCGGGGUGGUGCAGCAACGGCACGUCCACGGAGCCGUUUGGAGUGAACCCGCACUUCCUGCCCACGUCGGCCAUCUACGACAGCGCUGCCAGCGCCAACAUGAGCCAGCUCGACAACAACACCUUCGGCUUCAGAUUGCAGUUCAACCCACAGGGCCUCCCCUACGGCUUCAUCUACCCCUUGGCGUCUCUCACGACAUACCCUUUGGUGUUUGGCAUUAAUCUUGAUAACGAGGCGGCCACAAGGCGACUAACCUACUUGGUGGAUGGCAGCUACAUUGACAAUGGCACGCGCAGCGUUGAAGUCAACUUUAUAACCUUCAAUGGCGAGACACUCACAUUCGUGCUCACAACUGUUAGGUGCACGGUGAACGGGGGCGGCAGCAUGGCAGUGAGCUUCAAGUCGCAGCCAGCAGCCAUGGCGAUGUACGAUGCAUCAGCGGACAACAUCGCACGGCUGGUGCUGGAGGUGGUGUAUCUGGUGGGGCUGCUCUGGAAUGUGUGUGGCGAGCUGCAGGAGAUGGCCGACCGCGCUGCCACCCAUGGCUCUGUGCUCAGCUAUUUUGAGCAAGCAUGGAACUGGAUCGACAUGCUCUCUCUCUCGCUGCAAGCUAUCGCCGUUGUUCUCUGGGUGGUGCUGUGGCGGUACGUGAGCACGUUUGACAUGCAGCCACGGUACAACAUCUACUACUCGCUGUUCGAGACGCCGCGCUACUGGGCCGUGCCCAACCCGCCCACGGGCUUCAUCAGCGCCAUUCAAGCUUUUGCUGAUCUGCGCAACAUCAUCAACCUCCGUGCCGUCUACUUCGCCCUCCAAGGCAUCAAUGUUUUCUUCAUGAUGAUUCGCCUACUCAAGGUGAUGGAUUUCCAGCCUUACCUUGGGGUUAUCACUCGCUCCCUCAGCCUCGCCACGCCCUCCCUGCUGCACUUCUUCCUGCUCUCCUUUACGGUCUUCUUCUGCUUCAGCAUGUAUGGCUACCUCGUCUUCGGAGGCGCAAUGGAGCUGUUCUCCACAGUACUCAACUCCAUGUUCUCCCUCUUCCUACUACUCAUCAACGACAAUGGGUCGGCCUACUUCCUGCAGCGCCUGGAAUCGUGGGACCUGAUAGCAGCGAUGCUCUUCUUCUUCAUGUUCAUCGUCUUCAUGGUCUUCAUCCUCCUCAACUUCCUCAUCGCCAUCAUCGUUGAUGCCUUUAUGAGCGUCAAGGACAGCGACGUGGUUGCUACCUCCAUAGCCGCGGACCUCGCUCACAUAUUCAAGUACAAAUGGAAUUGCUGGCGCGGCCGGUACUUGCCGUACCAAGUCAUUCUCGACCGCCUUAUGGAUCUGGGGGCCAAGGACACCCGCAUUAAAGAGGACAACCCUCGGAUGCGCCGCUUCAAGUCCAUCCAAUGGCGGGUAGGCUUAAUGCUCUCCGGCGCGCGAGGCAGCGCCCACAAGGCGGCGCACUUUGCCAGGUCAGACAACCAGCCCGCCUUCCCCUCCGCCGUCAGCGAGUCCCGGGUGCGGAAGCAGCACGUGCUGACAGUGAGGGAGAAGCGCAUCGACGCCAUCUCGCUCGCCAUGAUCCUGCAGCGCCGCCACGACGAAAGGGCAAGGAGGGCCCGCCAAUCUUCCUCAUCCAAGGCGGCACCGCGUUUCUCCUCGCCCCGGUGUGAGAACGGAUCAAUGUGCGGGCCUGCCACCUGGGCUCUUGACGAGGAGCGGCUGGAGCAGCUGUCGCAGGCGGUGGUGCUGCAGUGCGGCGAGGUGGUGAAGCAGGCCGCCCUGCCCGUCAAGAAGCCCGUGCAGAAACUCAGCCUCAACCACGUGCAGGAGGAGGUGGUGCGGUGCCAGGCAGGGGUGGAGGAGCUGAGGGGCAUGAUGGCGGACAUGCAGAGCGACAUGCGUGCCAUGAUGGCCCUACUCGACCGCGCCUUACCCUCCUUACGCGCCCAGGGCCCUCUCAUUCCCCGCUCGUUAUCACCCCUGCCCGGGCAGCUACCGCUGGUGCAGCUACCGCUGGUGCAGCUACCGCUGGUGCAGCAACCGCUGGUGCAGCAACCCCUGGUGCAGCAACCCCUGGUGCAGCAACCCCUGGUGCAGCCGUGUCUGAAAGUGCGGCAAUUAGAAGAGGAGGGCGAGGGGCUGGGGGAAGAGGCGGGUGGGAUGGGCGUGGGGGAAGGAGCAAGUGGGAAUGGGAGAGUGGUAGGGAGCAGCAGAUCCCCAUCGUCGAAGCGAGGGCCGGGGAGACGGGUGGUGUUCCAAGAUGAGGCAGUGGAGGGCGGUGAGGGUGGUGUGGGCACAGACGAGUCAUGUCAACAGCCGUUGAUCGGAAAACCAAGGGACCCUUGA